GCAAACAAUCACCAAGAAAAUUGCUGGUGGGAUUAAAAGUCUACAGUUUAGAAUUCGCUGUCACCAUUAAGGUCAUGUUUUACAUUGUAGAGUUUCUAGAAACCCAAGAAGUUGAAGUGGUACCAGCACUUUGGGUUGAAAAAGAAAUAUGUCAAUGGCCAGCUCAAUACAGACGUGAUGAAUUAGUAAAGGCUAUAAGAAAUGAGGAGCAACCUGGAAACACGUGGGACGCAUAUUGUGUGCGAAUUUUAUAUAAAGCUGCUACCUACAAAGCUGCUCGUCUGAAACUUCCUCAAGCGGAAACACUGACCGACCUUCAGACAGCAGAGGAAGAAGAUGUGGACGAAAUUCCGAAGAAAAAGCGGAAAAGGCUACCAAACAUUCGUUUUGAGAGUGACGACGAAGAUUUGGUCAAACAAACAGGAUCGUUGCCUCCAGCCCCAAAGAUAACAGGACCAAACUUUGCAAUUGAGUCUGCAAUAAAGAGAAGGGUUCAAAAUAAGCUUCAACCUCCAAUGCAGAUGACAAGUCCUGAGCCCUUGUGUGCUGAAAAAAGCCCCGAACCCAGUCGGUCUAUGGGAACUUCUGAAGCACAACAAUCGGGAACAGUUACUUUAAGUGGUCUUGCUCCUCUUCUGCAUAGAAUUUUGACUAAUCAAGAAAUGAUGAUGGAUCAGCUUAAAGUUAUUCAGAUGAACGUGCAGAAAAUGGGCGAACCUGCUCAUGGGCAAGAUCCCAUCGACAAAGACUUGCUGCCGGUGAAAGACCUUACCUCCCUGCUGGCUCUGGAAAAACGUCUGAGGGAAGAGGCUGACCUCAAAAAAAAAAUGAUUACUGCAUUGAGCUUCAUUGGAGGAGUUGAUGUUAAGGAUAGUGUUUGGCGGGUUAUGGGGCACUGUAUUACCAACUCCCUUGGCAAACAACUGAACUGGCGUGGCAUCAAUGGCAAAACAGCUUUCCACAAACUGCAGCUGAAAGAUGUCAUCACUGGAACUGUCAGAACCAAUAGACUGACAGCUACGGCCACCGAUCAAGCAAUUGAAACAUUUAUUAAAAAAUGGCUUCAUCUGUCAGGUGACCGAGACGGAGGGAGAAGAGAAAGGGAGAAACGGAGGAGGUCCCAAGACACCUGCUUGCAAGAUUGCCAUGAUGACGCAGAUGGGCCCAGUCAAGGAGGUCAACUUCUUUAAUUUUGGGUGGCUCCAUUUGUCAAUGUUUCUACUUCUGCAAUGCC